GUGACCGGUGAAGAAAGGCGGAGUUUGGCUGUGACAAUUUUAGCUAUUAUUACUAUGUAACCGUACACGGUUCCGUUAACGCCGCUGUUACGAAGUGCUGAGGCUUCCCGCGACCUUCUAGGCUUCCCUUUUCUACUGUGGCUGCCAUCACUGCCGGAUGUCAAGUAACAGGAUACUUUUUCUGUAAAACGGGACGAGGGGUUGAAAAAGGCAGUUGAGUUGCAACCGAAUGAGGUGCAGUGCCCGAGACUGCUCUGCCUCUGACGUGUGCCCCUGCAGGCGGCUGCGCGUCCUGAGGUCACCGCAUCGCAAGGACCGCCCAGCCUGUGUUGUCCCCUCACAGGAGCAUGCCCUCUGAACUGUCUCUCAGUGCUCAGGAUAUGUUGACAGGGCAGCGGCUGUGCCAGUCCAAAUCCCACCAGAGUUCUGUUCUCUCGGCCCUCAACCAGCAGAGGAAAGACGGACUCCUCUGUGAUGUCACCCUGGUUGCUGGGGAACAGAAGUUCCACGCCCACAAGGCAGUCCUGGCAGCAUGCAGCGAUUACUUCCGGGCCAUGUUCAGUCUGUGUAUGGUGGAGAGUGAGGCAGAAGAGGUGACCCUUCAGGGAGUGACCAGUGAGGGUCUGAAACAAGCACUGGACUUUGCCUACACUGGACAGAUCGUGCUAGAGCCUGGAGUGAUCCAGGACGUCCUGUCUGCAGGAAGUCACCUGCAGCUGCUGGAGCUGCUCAGUCUCUGCUCACACUACCUCAUCCAGGAGCUGAAUAGUUUUAAUUACCUGGACCUUUAUCGGCUGGCGGACUUGUUCCACCUGCCAGUGCUAGAGGGCGCUGUUGUGGAGUUCUUGGUGGAGCACCUGUCUGAACUUCAGCACAGUCGUCAGGAGGAGGUGCUGCUGCUCCCAUACCACCUAUUGAAGGAGGUGCUGAAGAGUGACCGCCUAACCUCACUCAAUGAGGAACAGAUCUGGCAGCUGGUUGUGCAGUGGUUAGAGCACGAUUGCCGGUACCAGCGCAUGGAUGACCUGCUGCAGUACGUGCGCUACGGCUUAAUGGACGCAGCGGCCUUGCACCUGCUGGCACAGUGCCACCCGCUGGUGAAAAGCAGCGAGGCGGCCACGGCGCUGAUCGACGAAGCCCUGGAGUACCACCGCGCCGUCUUCGCCCAGCCGGUGCGGCAGACGCCGCGCACCAAGCCCCGCUUCCAGUCGCUGACGCUCUACAUUGCGGGCGGGCGGAAGCGGGAGGUGUGCCGGGUUCGGGAGCUGCGCUUCUUCAACCCCGUGGAGCAGGAGCACGUCCACAUCACCGGCGUGUCCAACUGGAGCGAGCUGGCGCCCAUGCCCGCCGGGCGGAGCCACCACUGCGUGGCCGUCAUGGGCCACUUCCUGUUCGUGGCGGGCGGGGAGGUGGAGCACGCCACGGGCCGGACCUGCGCCGUGCGCACCGCCUGCCGCUACGACCCGCGCGGCAACAAGUGGACGGAGAUCGCCCCCAUGAAGGCCUGCCGGGAGCACUUUGUGCUGGGGGUGCUGGGCCAGUUCCUCUACGCCGUGGGCGGCCGCAACGAACUCAGGCAGGUGCUGCCCACCGUGGAGCGCUACUGCCCCAAGAGGAACAAGUGGACCUUUGUCCAGUCCUUCGACCGCUCGCUCUCCUGCCAUGCUGGCUGCGUGGCCGAUGGCCUGCUCUGGGUCUCAGGUGGAGUCACAAACACUGCCCAGUACCAGAACCGGCUAAUGGUUUAUGACCCUGUUCAGAAUCAGUGGCUCUCUCGCUGUCCGAUGCUGCAGAGGAGAGUUUACCAUGUGAUGGCGGCCAUACGGCGCCAGAUCUACGUGCUGGGCGGGAACGACCUGGACUACAACAAUGACCGAAUCCUAGUCCGUCACAUCGACUCCUACAACAUCGAUGUGGACCAGUGGACCCGAUGUGCCUUCAGUCUUCUCACGGGGCAGAAUGAGUCAGGUGUUGCCGUUCACAGCGACAGGAUUUACGUUGUUGGUGGAUAUUCCAUCUGGACCAAUGAGCCCCUGGCUUGUAUUCAGGUCCUGGAUGUCAGUACAGAAGGAAAAGAGGAAGUCUUCUAUGGUCCAACUCUGCCAUUUGCAUCCAAUGGAAUCGCAACAUGUUUUCUUCCCGCCCCUUAUUUUACCUGCCCCAACCUACAGACAUUGCAGGUUCCCCAUCACAGGAUUGGAGCUGUGUAACAGUUCCCUGUGUCGUACAUCACAUACAGUUAUACACACACACACACACACACAUGCAGACACAGACACAAACACAUACACAUAGACUAUGUGUUGAUAUCUACUGUACUAGGUGUCACAUACUGAGGAGAACUACAUCUCCCAGGAGGCACCAGGGUGACAUGCUGGCAGGACACAAUGAACUCUCAGCACUUACAGCAUGCAGGUUUUGGGGUCGGGGGUGGGUUGACUCAGGGUCAGGGGCCAGCUCCAUGGGGAUGGCGGUGGGAGCGAUGUUUACACAUUACAUGAACAGCCGUCAUGACCUGAAGACCUGACUACAUAACAACAGGAAUGAGCAGAGGCCAAAACACAAGACACAGGCUGCAGCUGUUUGCAGUGGUGCCUUCCGAAGUAUCACAAGAACUGAGUGGGCCACCGGGCUUCUUUGUACAGUGUGGGGCGAGGAGGGGUUAAGACUCCAAACUCUAGGGCUUCACCACUCCUCUCAGCUGGUGGGUGGAUGAUGUCAUAUGACCUCAUGAAGUGCAAGCAGCAAGAUUGCAGACCCCACCCUCUUUGAUUCAGCUCGGGGCCUCUUGUGCCAAGAUACUGUAGCUGCACUCCUUUGGUAUGACUUGUGCAGCAGUGGAGGGAGUGGCUGAACGCGAGGACCUCUUACUCUGUGCUUGGGAGGUCAGACACUAUCCUACAAUGCACUUCACUAAUGGCAGUUGCUGUGGAAGAACAUAUUCUGCAAGGCUUCAGUUCCUGAUGUGAAGCCUGGUUUUGGUAGCAAGCGUUUACAUUAACUCAGGCUGAGACCAGUCUGUGGCUCACUCUCACCUUAUGCUCAACGUGGCCAAAUCAGACAGAUGAAAAGCAGCCAUGUUUUUAUUACCAUCCUACUUUCAUUUUUUGAUGUACGAGGAAUCGGGAAAUUACACACGCUUCCUGGAAAAGACAUUCAUUUAUUUUGCUGCAUUUCUGCAAGAGACAUUUGCUUGAAGCUAUGCUCAUAUGCUAAUUAUGCUAAAUUGCUUCCGACAAAGUAUUAACAAGAGUUUAACCAAAACAGAAUAAAUCAAUAAAGACAAAUUUAGGAGCAUA